UGGAACAUGUUCCCUUCUCUUCCUUCGUUUUCGCCUACGUCUACGUUAACGUCUACGUCUCCGUCAAAGGAUUAACCAUGCAGUGCCAAUAAAAUCUAUAUAAAAAAUUACACAAAAAAAAAACAAAAACUAUUGUAAUGUGACCUUCGCAGAAGAAAUCAUGCCUAACCAAUGUAAAUAAUAAUAAUUAACUAUAUACAAUAAGGAAUCAUCAUUUUUUUUGUCAAAAUACUCGAUUCCAGAGUGCCAUAAAUGUUUAAGCCCUAAGACACAGAGCAUCUAAGACCUCAAAACAUAACAAAUUCCGUCCAAUAUUUAUACAAAUUUUUCUGAGAUUCAAGUGCCUUCAUUAAAAAACGAAAACAAAAACAUUAUAAAUCAAGCCAUAAUCUUCAAUAAGCUAAGAGCACCAUAUUCAUCAUUACUAGAAUUUAAAAAAAAAGGCUAAAAGACCUAUAAGGAUAUACUCUCUAAGAAAGACAACAUCAUACUUAAGUCGUGCAAUCAAAACACCUUUAAGCUUUAAUUAUAUAAAAAUAUAUAUAUAAAAAAAAACAAACACCGAUUCAAAGAAUCAACUGCAACAUGUCAUCACCACUCACAUCACAAGACCUAUCCAUGUCUGCCGCCAUUCAUCAACAGCAACAACAACAACAACAGCAACAGCAGCAGAACCAACAACAGCGUAGUCACAUCAACCAGACAUCUCCAUCGCCACCACAUGCCACAGCAGCGUCACCCAAUUCCGUCCAUUCCAACGGCUUGCCAUUGAUUUCGCCGAAUGCCAUACAUCGAUCUCCAGAAAGUCCACAGCCAGAAUUAGCCACCAUGACAAAUGUAAACGUCCUCGAUCUCCAUACAGAUUCGUCCAAGCUCUACGACAAAGAUGCCGUCUUCAUUUACGAGCAGCCGAAAGUCGAGGAUCAGGUGAUCGACGCCCGAAUGGUUGCCCAACUUAAUCAGCCAACUAUUCCCCAGCCACUGGCCAAGAUCGAAUUCGAUGAGAAUCAGAUUAUCCGUGUGAUUGGACCGAAUGGCGAGCAGCAGCAGAUCAUCAGUCGUGAGAUCAUUAACGGGGAGCACCACAUUCUGUCCCGCAAUGAGGCGGGUGAACACAUCCUCACCCGGAUCGUAAGUGAUCCGUCCAAAUUGCUCCCUAAUGACAGUGCUGUGGCGGCCGCUAUGUUCUCCCAGGCCCAGAAAAUGGCCACCGAUCACGGAGUCUAUCAGACAUCUCCCAUGGACGCUUCCGUCCUGCAGCAGUAUGACCCCGUCAAGACCGAGGACGACAUGUACGAGGACUCUAAGAAGGGUGGCCAGAUCUUGUACACCACCCAUGACGAUUCGAAGCCCCUGUCGGGACACAUGCCCAACAAGCUCGAAGGAGACCUCUACCAAGAUGACAAGCACAUCGACUUGAUCUACAACGACGGAAACAAAACUGUCAUCUACACAACCACGGACCAGAAGGGCCUCGAAAUCUACUCCGGCGGUGACUUGAGUGGCUUAGUGGCUUCGGCUGAUGGUCAGGUCGUCGUCCAGGGAGGCUUGCAGUAUACCACAGCUGGGACAGCUGGUGGACAGCCGGUGUACAUUGUGGCCGACGGUAAUUUGCCACCAGGAGUUGAAGGCCAUUUGCAAAGUGCCCCCACUACAUCAAACAAAUUAAACGGACAGACCACACCUCUAGAUGUAUCUGGCCUAUCGCAAAAUGAAAUACAAGGCCUAUUGCUAGGUUCACACCCAUCAUCAACAUCAUCGGCGUCAACUACGACAACAUCACAAUCAUCGGUAGCUGGCGCUGCAACAGCUGUUGUUGUAACCACCGAUCAACAUCGCCAACAACAACAACAGCAACAACAUCAAGCAAUUAGCAUUAAACGUGAACCCGAAGAUCUGCGAAAGGAUCCCAAAUGCGGCAAUAACGGUGCUGGCAACAAUAAUAACAACAACAACAGUAGCAAUGGAAACGGCGCUGGUGGACACAGUCAAAAGGUAUUAGUUGUACAAUCACCUACGCCAUCAAUACAAAUUAAGGAUCCACCACCCAGUCCUGGAAGCCCAACAAACGAAACCAUGUACGCUGCCGGCGGCAGCACACAAAUUUACCUCCAGGGACCACACCAGACAGGUUCUUCUGUAACAGGUGGAUCAAAUGUUAAUACACAUAGCCCCAGCCCUGGACCAUAUAUCUCACCGGAUAGCUAUGGAAUGUACACAACCCGUCUUGCAACCGGACCCAAUUCCACAUUCAUCUCGGAGCCAUAUUAUCGUGAAUACUUUGCUGCCGAUGGACAAGGUGGCUAUGCGCCCGCAACACGCACCGUCUAUGGCGAUAGUGAGGGACCACAACCGGGUACAACCUAUGAGGGCCGUUUUACAACAUCACAUACUAAAAAUGGUACACCUGUCUAUGCAAAAACUGUUACAGCAGCCGGCCUCACAGUGGAUUUACCAAGUCCCGACUCGGGAAUUGGUGCUGAUGCUAUUACGCCGAGGGAUCAAAACAAUCUACAACAGUCAUUCGAUUACACGGAACUAUGUCAGCCUGGUACAUUAUUAGACAGCAGCGGUGCAAUACCAGUUUCAGUAACCAGCAUGCAACGUGCUGUUAGCAUUCAUGGUGGUCAAAAUAGUCCAACAACAUCGUUGAGUGGUGGUACACCAGGGACACCAGGAACGACACGAUCAAGGCCAUGGCAUGAUUUUGGUCGGCAAAGUGAUGCCGAUAAAAUUCAAAUACCAAAAAUAUUCGUAAAUGUAGGAUUUAGAUAUCAUCUAGAAAGUCCGAUUAGUUCGUCACAAAGACGAGAAGACGAUCGAAUAACAUACAUCAAUAAAGGACAAUUUUAUGGCAUCACAUUGGAAUAUAUUCCAGACCAAGAUAAACCAAUCAAAAAUACAACAGUUAAGAGUGUAAUCAUGUUAAUGUUCCGAGAAGAAAAAAGUCCCGAAGAUGAAAUCAAAGCCUGGCAAUUUUGGCAUAGUAGACAACAUUCUGUUAAACAGAGAAUACUAGAUGCUGAUACGAAAAAUUCCGUUGGUCUUGUAGGAUGUAUUGAAGAAGUUUCACAUAAUGCUAUUGCAGUUUAUUGGAAUCCAUUGGAAAGUUCUGCAAAGAUCAAUAUUGCCGUUCAGUGCCUGAGUACGGAUUUCAGUAGCCAGAAAGGUGUAAAGGGUCUACCACUGCAUGUACAAAUUGACACAUUUGAGGAUCCACGAGAUACACAAGUUUUCCAUCGAGGCUAUUGCCAAAUAAAAGUCUUCUGCGAUAAGGGUGCUGAGCGCAAAACACGUGAUGAAGAAAGAAGAGCGGCCAAACGUAAAAUGACUGCAACAGGAAGGAAAAAGCUCGAUGAACUUUAUCAUCCUGUAACAGAUCGUUCAGAAUUUUAUGCAAUGCAAGACAUAAGUAAACCACCUGUACUCUUUACCCCCGCCGAUGACAUGGAAAAGCAGACAUUCUAUGGCCAUGAGACUGAUUCAUUAUCUGGUACACCAGAUCUUAAAGGUGCAUCACCGUUUCUACUGCAUGGACAAAAAGUCGGUACCCCAACAUUAAAAUUCCACAAUCAUUUUCCGCCCGAUGUGCAGACUGAUAAAAAAGAUCAUAUUCUUGAACAAAGUUUAGUUUCUGGUUCAAUGUCUGAAUUUGGUCCACCAAUUAAACGUGGCCGUAUGUCACCUCCGAUAAGUGAACGUGUGAUGCUUUAUGUGCGACAAGAAAACGAAGAUGUUUAUACGCCAUUACACGUUGUGCCACCAUCAACAAUCGGACUUUUAAAUGCGAUCGAAAAUAAAUACAAAAUCUCCACAUCAAGUAUAAAUAAUAUUUAUCGUACAAAUAAAAAGGGGAUUACUGCGAAAAUUGAUGAUGAUAUGUUAUCAUAUUAUUGCAAUGAAGAUAUAUUCCUGCUGGAAGUGCAACAAGUUGAAGAUGACCUAUAUGAUAUAACCCUGACCGAGCUUCCAAAUCAUUGAUGCAAAGCCAUGACUUUUAUUUUUGUUUAAACAAAAAGAAAAAACAAAACAUAUUUCCUCCAAGACACAUAUAAAAAUAUAUGUAUCACAAGAUUUAAUGUUAUUUAAAAAACAUAAAAUGAAAAACAAGACAAUAGAACAAAUAAUCUACAACAAAAUCAACAACAAUAAAAUAAUAAAAAUAUAUAAAUAAGUGUUAUUUAAGACCACAAAACAAUUUUAUAUAAUUUUAUAUACAUAAAUAUCUAUUUUUAUUUUAUUUAAAAACACAAUAAUAGUUCUAUAAAAAUUAAAAAAAAAAACUACAUAAUUAUAAAUAAUAUAAAAUAAUAUAUUUUGCGCUACAAGUGGACGUUUAAACAAAACAAAAAAACAACAUAAAUAAUAUACUCUUUAGAAUACAAAUUUUAUUAAUUUUUUUUUUCAUUAUACUUAACCUUUUUUUUCUAAAUGUUUUAAAUGUGUAAUUUUAUUUCAGUGGUAAGAAAAAAAAACAAAAUGUUUUACAAGAGAUUACGUAAAAAUAUGAACAAACAAAAACAACAACGAUUAAGUGCCUAGUUUUAAGUGUAAAAAUUAAAAAAAAAAAACAAACAAAUUUUUAAACAUUAUGAAAUUAUAAAUUUUUUUUUAAAACCCAUACAAAUUAGAUUUUUAAGAAUAAAAAACAAAAACAAAAAAUAAAAUUGUUAAUCGUUAAAUAUUAUGUAUGCUCCACUUUAAGGCUCUUCUUUUCUGUAUAAUUUAAUUUUCAAAAACAAACAAUAUUUAAUCUUAAAAAAAAAGUUUAAAUUUUGUAAUAUUUUAAAAAUAUAUUAAAUAAUAAUUUGUACUUAAAAAAAAAUACCUAAAUGUUAUGUUUGGCUUGUAAUUUUGUUUAAAUAAAAAGAAAAUCUUUAAAAUUAAAAGAAAACUAAAUUGUUUAUAAUAUUUUAUUUUAUUGCAUUGCAAAUAGAGAGAUCUCAAUCAAAUUCUCUUUUUCACAAAACAAGACAACAACAAAAGAAAACAAGAAAUUAAUUUUAUAUGAACAAAACUGUCAUAAAAUGAUUCUUAUUUUAUUUUUAUUGUUUUUUACUUUAUUUUUUUUUUAUUUAAUUAUUUUUUUUUAUUUUUUCUACAUUAAAGUUGACACAAAAAGCAAUAACAAUUCUAAAUACUUAGAUUUAAAAUAAUAAGAUGAUGACGCGUGAUGAAGAUGAUUAAAAAUAAAAUAAUUAUUAUUUAAAUGGAUUUGCUGUCAAACACAACAAUAUCAACAAAAAACCGUUGAUGAAAAAUAAUAAAUUAAAUUGAAAACAUAAAAUAACGAAACAUCAUGUGAUUUAAAACAAAAUAUAAACAAAAAAAACUUAAAAUAACUUAUUUCUUUUAGUGAAGUUGUAAAUAAAAGUAAAAAUAAAAAUUCGCUUCGAGAGCAUUCCAACAGCAGAAAUUAAUUAGUUUUAGUUUUAAAAAUUAAUUUAAACAAAAUAAAUAAUUAUUAAAAAAAAGAAACUGCAUCUUCCGUAAUUUUAAAUUACAAAACAAAACAAAAAAUAUAUUCUUAAUUUUAUUUUCUUAGCUAAGUUAAGUGCUCUGAUUUUCUUAAUUUAAUUUUUAAAAUAUUGAAAAUACAUUUUUUAAUUUCUUGUUUCUUAAAGAUUCAUAUAGUUUGAUAGAGAUUCUUAUGCUGCUAGUUUAAAAAAUUGUUUUUUUUUCUUUGCAAAUUUUUACUUAAAAAAAGAAUUCACAUACAUUUUUGUUUUUAAACUUUAAAACUUUUUGUGUAUGUUUUUUUCUUGUGUAAUUUUAUUAAAUUAAAACAAAAAAAAUGAUUGCUAUGUUAAAUUUUGUUUUUUUUUUUUUUAGAUUUAAUUGGAAAUUUUGAUGUUUCUUAGUAAGAUUAUUAUUAUUAAUAUUAUUAUUAUUAUUAUUUUUUAUAGUUUUUAAGGACAAUAACGUUUUUAUCUUGCCGAACAAUUUUUAUAUAUAUAUAUACAACAAUCGAUUACAUUUAUAUACAUUUAAAAUAAAAAUAAUAAAACUUUUUUUUACAAGUAUAGAUAAAUGUUGUAAGAGAAUGAGAUAAGAAAGAGAAUUAUGAUUAAAAAGAAAAAAAUAAUAAAUUAAAAAAAAAAGAAGCAAAAAGAAAUGGAAAGUUUAUUUUUAAACGUACCUAUUUUGUAAUGAAAAACGAACAAAAUAUUUUUAUAUAUAUAUAUUUUAUUAUUAUUUUAUUAUGAUAGUAAAAUAAAUGUUUUAUUCAAA